CUCUCUAUCCACACACACACACUCCAAACAUCAGAUGCAGAGUUCCAGGGAGUGGGGCUCUGUAUGUAGAGCAAGAGCAGUUCAUAUGUGGUGGUGGUAGCUGGAGGCAUAGACGACUAGUGGCUACACCUCUCUCUCUUUCUCUCUCUUCUUUCCGUCCUCCUCCUCUGCUUUCCCGCAGAGUUGUGGGAGCGGACGGCUCGGCUCAAACGUCUACCUGCUCUCGGCGGAAAGUCACCCGCUGGGAAUCUAUUUAUUUUAACCCUUCGCUGCCGUUGCUGCUCUUUGGGACUCUGGGAGUCUUUGGGGGAAUUUUAAAGGAGGUUUGGGGAGAUUUUUCUGGAAUUGCUGUAAUAGAAGGUAGCACUCAGCCAUGGCGCACGCCGCGGCCCACAUUAAGAAGGCCAGGGUGGAGCUGGUGGAGCAGCAGGGUCCUGACCUGAAGGCUCUGGAGAAAGCCCGUCAGAGGAGGAUACGUUCCCGGGAACGGGCUGAGCGCAAACGCAAGUCGGACAGCAACACCAGCUUCCUGCGAGCGGCGAGGGCAGGGAACCUCGACAAGGUUCUGGAGUACCUGAAGGGUGGAGUGGACAUCAGCACAUGCAAUCAGAAUGGGCUCAACGCGUUGCACCUGGCAGCUAAGGAGGGCCAUGUGGAGCUGGUCCAGGAGCUGCUGGAGAGAGGCUCGGCUGUGGACUCGUCCACCAAGAAAGGGAACACAGCCCUCCACAUUGCCUCUCUGGCCGGACAGGCAGACGUGGUGAAGAUACUGGUGAAGCGUGGAGCAGAAAUUAACUCUCAGUCUCAGAAUGGCUUCACUCCUCUGUACAUGGCUGCUCAGGAGAACCAUAUAGACGUGGUGCGUUACCUACUGGAGAACGGAGGUAACCAGAGCACCGCUACAGAGGAUGGCUUCACCCCACUGGCCAUCGCUCUGCAGCAGGGCCACAACCAGGUGGUGUCCGUCCUGCUGGAGCACGACACCAAGGGCAAGGUGCGGCUGCCUGCCCUGCACAUCGCCGCCCGCAAGGAUGACACCAAGUCAGCCGCGCUGCUCCUCCAGAACGACCACAACGCCGACGUCCAGUCCAAGAUGAUGGUCAAUAGGACUACAGAGAAUGGAAAGAGUGGAUUCACGCCACUGCAUAUCUCUGCCCACUAUGGAAACGUGAACGUGGCCACAUUGCUGCUGAACCGUGGGGCGGCUGUGGACUUCACAGCCAGGAAUGGGAUCACGCCCCUCCACGUUGCCUCCAAGCGUGGGAACACUAACAUGGUGCGCCUCCUAUUGGACAGGGGGUCUCAGAUCGACGCUAAGACUAGGGACGGCCUCACACCUCUACACUGUGCAGCCAGGAGUGGACAUGACCCAGCAGUGGAGCUACUGCUGGAGAGAGGAGCACCCAUGCUGGCCAGGACCAAGAACGGUCUGUCUCCUCUACACAUGUCGUCUCAGGGUGACCACGUUGAGUGUGUCAAGCACCUGCUGCAGCACAAGGCGCCUGUUGAUGAUGUCACAUUGGACUACCUGACGGCGCUGCACGUCGCCGCCCACUGCGGUCACUACAGAGUCACCAAGCUGCUGCUGGACAAGAGGGCCAACCCCAACGCUAGAGCACUGAACGGCUUCACUCCGCUGCACAUCGCCUGUAAGAAGAACAGAGUGAAGGUGAUGGAGCUGCUGGUCAAGUAUGGAGCAUCUAUCCAGGCCAUCACAGAGUCUGGCCUGACUCCCGUCCACGUAGCUGCCUUCAUGGGUCACCUCAACAUCGUCCUGCUGCUACUGCAGAACGGAGCCUCGCCUGACGUCAGCAACAUUCGUGGGGAGACUGCUCUACACAUGGCGUCCAGGGCAGGACAGGUGGAGGUGGUGCGCUGUCUGCUGAGGAACGGCGCCAUGGUGGACGCCAGAGCCAGGGAGGACCAGACACCCCUCCACAUUGCAUCUCGUCUGGGGAAGACUGAGAUAGUCCAGCUGCUACUGCAGCAUAUGGCCCACCCUGACGCCUCCACGACUAACGGAUACACACCUCUCCACAUCUCAGCCAGGGAGGGACAGGUGGACGUGGCUUCAGUACUGCUGGAGGCAGGCGCCUCACACUCACUGGCUACUAAGAAAGGAUUCACUCCCUUGCAUGUGGCAUCCAAGUACGGAAGCCUGGAUGUGGCCAAACUUCUCCUGAAAAAAACAGCUCCUCCUGAUUCUGCUGGGAAGAACGGCCUCACACCUCUCCAUGUAGCAGCACAUUACGAUAACCAGAAGGUGGCACUCCUGCUUUUGGACAAAGGGGCCUCCCCCCACGCCACAGCCAAGAACGGCUACACCCCCCUCCACAUUGCGGCCAAGAAGAACCAGAUGGACAUAGCGGUGGUGCUGCUGCAGUACGGGGCGGAGACCAACAUCCUGACCAAGCAGGGGGUCACCCCUCUACACCUGGCCUCACAGGAGGGACACGCUGACAUGGCCGCCCUGCUCAUCGAGAAGGGGACUCAAGUCAACGUCCCCACCAAGAGUGGCCUCACCUCCCUCCAUCUUGCUGCCCAGGAGGACAAGGUGGUUGUCAGUGAGAUACUGACUAAACAUGGAGCCAACCUGGACCAGCAAACUAAGUUGGGCUAUACUCCACUGAUUGUAGCGUGUCACUAUGGAAACGCCAAGAUGGUCAACUUCCUCUUACAGAACGGUGCUAGCGUCAACGCCGAAACCAAGAAUGGGUACACUCCCCUCCACCAAGCAGCACAACAAGGAAACACACACAUCAUCAAUCUACUGCUGCAGAAUGGAGCUAAGCCCAACAACAUCACUGUGAAUGGUAACACAGCUCUGGCCAUCGCCCGGCGACUGGGCUACAUCUCUGUGGUGGACACACUCAAGGUGGUCACCGAGGAGAUCAUUACCUCGACAACCACGGUGACAGAGAAACACAAGAUGAACGUUCCUGAGACCAUGACUGAAGUCCUGGAUGUGUCUGAUGAGGAGGGGCUGAAACAGAAUGAGGAUGCUGUUUUGUCUGAUGACUCCAUGGAUUUAGAAGGUGAUGACACUAUGACAGGGGACGGAGGGGAGUAUCUCAGGGCAGAGGACCUGAGGGAGCUGGGGGAUGACUCCCUGCCUGGACAGUACCUGGAUGGGAUGAACUACUUGCGCUUUAGCCUGGAAGGGGGACGCUCUGACAGUCGAAUCCAAAGUUCGGACAGGUCCUACACUCCCAGUCACCACGGCUACUACUCUCCCAAACAGGACAGCCUGAUGGACGAGAUGCUCACGGGCCACAACGUGUCGUCUCUUGCCAGGGAAAAUGAGAAGGACUCGUACCGUCUGAGCUGGGGCACAGAAAACCUGGACAACGUGGCACUGUCCUCCAGCCCCGUCCACUCUGGACGUUCCUCUCCGUGCCAUGAUCAUGGCGACAGCAGCUUCCUGGUUAGCUUCAUGGUUGACGCCAGGGGUGGAGCCAUGCGGGGUUGCCGCCACAACGGACUGCGCAUCAUCAUCCCACCGCGGAAGUGCAGCGCGCCCACGCGGGUGACCUGCCGGCUGGUGAAGAGGCACCGCCUGGCCACCAUGCCCCCCAUGGUAGAGGGAGAGGGCCUGGCCAGCAGGCUGAUCGAGGUGGGGCCUGUCGGAGGCCAGUUCCUCGGUAAACUACACCUUCCCACUGCCCCGCCCCCUCUUAACGAGGGCGAGAGCCUCGUUAGCCGCAUCCUGCAGCUCGGGCCACCCGGGACAAAAUUCCUCGGGCCUGUGGUGGUAGAGAUCCCUCACUUUGCUGCCCUGAGGGGGAAGGAGAGGGAGCUGGUGAUCUUACGCAGUGAGACAGGAGAGAGCUGGAAGGAGCACCACUGUGAACACACUGAGGAGGAACUUAACCAGAUCCUCAACGGCAUGGACGAGGAACUGGAUCCUCCAGAGGAACUGGAGAAGAAGCGUAUCUGCCGCAUCAUCACCAGGGACUUCCCACAGUACUUUGCGGUGGUGUCCCGGGUCAAGCAAGACAGUAGCCUGAUCGGUCCAGAGGGGGGCAUCCUCAGCAGCACGGUGAUGCCUCAGGUCCAGGCUGUCUUCCCAGAGGGAGCCCUCACCAAGAGGAUCAGAGUUGGACUACAGGCUCAGCCAAUGAACGUGGACGUGGUGAGGAAGCUCCUGGGAAACAAGGCGACGUUCAGCCCCAUUGUGACCCUGGAACCCCGGAGAAGGAAAUUCCAUAAACCCAUAACCAUGACCAUCCCCAUCCCCAAGAGUAACACUGACCCUGUGGUCAACGGCUUCGGAGGGGACCAGCCCACCCUGCGCCUGCUCUGUAGUAUCACAGGUGGAACGACGCCAGCCCAAUGGGAGGACAUUACAGGAACCACACCCCUAACGUUCAUCAACGACUGUGUCUCCUUCACGACCAACGUGUCGGCCAGGUUCUGGCUGAUAGACUGUCGGCAAGUGCAGGAGUCGGUCAACUUCUCCACUUCAGUCUACAGGGAGAUCAUCUGCGUUCCCUACAUGGCCAAGUUCGUUAUCUUCGCAAAGACCCACGACCCCAUCGAGGCGCGGCUCCGCUGUUUCUGCAUUACGGACGAUAAGAUGGACAAGACCUUGGAACAGCAGGAGAACUUCACUGAGGUGGCCAGGAGCAGAGACGUAGAGGUCCUGGAGGGCAAACCCAUCUAUGCAGACUGCUUCGGCAACCUGGUCCCUCUCACCAAGAGUGGCCAGCACCACCUCUUCAGCUUCUUUGCUUUCAAAGAGAACAGGCUGGCACUCUUCAUCAAGAUCCGAGACAACACUCAGGAUCCGUGUGGCCGUCUGUCCUUUAUGAAAGAGCCCAGGUCUUAUAGAAGUCUGGCCCACAACGCCAUAUGCAACCUGAACAUCACACUACCAUCCUACUCAAAGGAAUCAGAUUCAGACCAAGAGGCUGAGGAAGAGAUCAGCAGGACGCUCGAGAAAUAUGACGAAGACACUACGUCGACGACAGUCCAGAAAAGAGAUCCGGACCUCCUCUCCGAUGUGUCUGAACUGAAACAAGACCUGAUCAAAAUGACCGCCAUCCUAAACACGGAUUCCACUGACAAAUCCGGUUCUCUGGAAGGGAGCGGUCUGGAGAAAGGGGCUGAGGAGGUUCAGGGCGAGCCGUUUGAAAUCAUGGAGAAGGUCAAAGAGGAUUUGGAGAAAGUGGGCAAGAUACUCAGGAGUGGAACAUUGGAGGGUGAGGUGGCAGAGGGGGCAGCAAGAGCAGCCAGAAUGAACGAAGAGUGGAUCCUCCUCUCAGAAUGUGAGAUCGAGGAGGCCAAAAACAUGACUGCCUUAGAACCCCAGGAACCUGUUCUCCAUGAAGUCAGAGUCAACAGAGGGAUUCCCAGACCUAAAGCCAUCAAAGACGUGUCUGGCAUGGUCACACACCUGACUGGUGAACUCAAAGAAUAUCUCCUGGAUGUACCUGAGGGCUCCAGUGCAGCGGCUCAGGAGGAUGUGGUCCAAGAGAAAUUCACAGAGGUCGUCCUGCGCAAAGGCAUGAAAAGAACCACCAUGACAAUAACAACAACAGCUACAAUCAAAACUCCUGCUGUUGAACUCAAAAAGCCAGUCAGGAGGAAAGGAAAAGACCAGGAACAGGCAAAGGAAUCUACCGAUGGGGAUGCUCUCCUAAGUGCGCCCACAGACCCUAAACCAGUGUCACCUGUGUCCCCAGUAGUUGAGGAGACCCCUAUUGGGUCCAUAAAAGACAAAGUCAAAGCCCUUCAGCAGAAAGUGGAGGCAGAGCAGAAGGUUCAAAAGCCAACUAGCACAAAAACCUCAAAGGUUGCUGUGGAGAGCAAAAUCCCUCAAAGGGCCGAAGAAACCACCCUUAAAUUGAAACAGAGCCCCGCAAAACAGGACACCGCUAAAAAGGGCCCCCCUAAGUCCCCCAAAACUGAGUCUGAGAAGCUGCAAGAGACCAUGUCAGUAAGGGAGCUCUUGCGAUCCUUCCAAAAGGGGCAGGACCCCUCAAAGACAAAGUCUGGACUUUUCGAGCUCAAAACCUCCACCUCUACAGAGCAUGAAAUAACAGAAUCAGAAUUACAGCCCACCCAGUCCAAAUCCACCAUCAAAGCCACUACAAUCCGUUAUGAACGGGAAGUAUCACUGGACGCCAUACCUGGCGAGCGCCACAGAGAGAAAGAUGAGCAAAUUAGCCCACACAGAAAGCACUCCAAAGACUUUGGUGCUGAAAUUAAAGCAGAGCUUGAGGACAAUCCAGAGUACCAACAGUUUAAGCAGACCUCUGUAGAGGGUAGUCCUGCUGCCCCGUCAGACCUAACUGAAACCGUAGAGUUUCUGAAUAUUUCCCUCUAUGAUAGCUCUGAUAGUUUAAAACAUGAGGGUGUGGCAGACUCUCCCAGUGCCAGCCUGGGUGAUGGUAGUCCUCCUCACCUGAGCUCAGAGGAUAGCCUCAAACACGAGGGCUUAGCCACCCCUGGAACAAGCCCUGACAGUAUCUCCCUCUCUCCCAAAAAUGCUGACCAGUCCACUAAAAACUCAACAGCUGCUACUAUAGCUGUCAAAGGUGACAAGAAAACUAAGGACAAGUCUGGAGACUUUGGUGUGGGGACCAUUGAUGACCAGCCAUCAACGGAAAUGACCCUCCCUGUCUCACCCACUGAGGCUGCAGAUGACCGCACCACGAGUGAGUCCAUAUCUUUUCAGAGGGGCGAGUCUAAACCAUCUAAACCGAUAAAGCUUACAAAGAGAGUUUCAGAGACUUUAGAGAGCUUCCUUAGUGAUGAGGAGAGCCCUGAUGACAAGCUAGCAUCAGCUUUAGCUGCAACCUAUGCUUCUAGUGCCUCUACCCAGCGUCAAGGAAGCUUAGAAUUGCCUUUAAAAGACCCAGAUGCCUUCAGUCCCUUAGCCGACGAAUCUUUGACCAUAAGCCACAGAGACUCUCUAGACGAGGGUAGUCCCCUCAUGGAAGACAACUCCUCCCAUAGGACCCCAGACUCCAUCGAGCCCAGCCCAACCAAUGAAUCCCCCUGUUGUGACUCCUUAGAAAGCAGCCCUGUAGAGCAGAAAACCUUCCCACCCAUUCUAGAUCAGCCCAGUGGGUCCUCUAGCCACCCAGAACCAUCCAAAGCCUCAGACUUCCCCUCAGACGUGUUGCGAAGUAGGCUACUCAGGGACCAGGAGGCUAGUGCCAACGAUGAUGACAGUAUCGAGCAGACUUCGUCCCAGAUGGAAAGUUCUGCAGGUGUGCAUGAAGGAAUCCACCACACAGAGGCCAAGAGUACAGCUACAACGGUAGCAGUGGGGGGACCUCAAUCUGUCUCAGAGCAGCAACUCCCACAAUCAGUUCAGUCACGCAAAGACACGGAUGACACGGAAGACAGUUUAGCUAAAACGGUUACCAUGUCUUCCAGCUCUGAGGGGGCUGCAAACAUAACAGAUGAGCAGAAGGAGGAAAGCUUGAGGAAAUCGAGGGAAAGCAAGGAGGAUGAUGGGGAAGGGAAAGAAGCAGAUGCAGGCAGUCUGCAGACAGCUGCUGUAAAAGCUCCCUGUCAGAUAGAGAGUAAUAUAACUGACGAAGUGAAAGGAGAUCACAGGAGGCACUCAGGAGCCCCUGAGGUAGAAACGUCCUCCACUGCUGUCAUUGGACAAGUGAGGGAAACAUUCAAACCCGAGAUCUGUAUCUAUGAUGACACAGAGGAAGACGAUGAGGAAGAGGAACCUCCCAGAACUGAGUCGAAGGGCGUAACCGCCAGAGAGGAGGCAGACCCUUGGAGUGCCAUGCGCGAAGACGAUGAUGCUUUUGCGGCCCGCGUCAAAGAGGAAGAGCAGAAGAUCCUGGGUCUGAUUGUGGACCGGCAGUCCCAGGGGGCAACCCCGGACACCACCCCAGGAAGGAGCCCCACGGAGGAAAGCACGCCAACCAGCGAGCCCAAUCCAUUCCUCUUCCAAGAGGGGAAGCUUUUUGAGAUGACCCGGAGCGGAGCUAUUGACAUGACCAAACGGAGCUAUGAGGACGAGGGCUUUGCCUUCUUCCAGAUAGGCGAGCAGCCGCUAGAGGAGGCGCUAGCUGAACAGGUCAGAGAUGAGCCAGGAGAUAGAGGAGUCCAAACAGAAAGUGAAGUGGGGCUCAACCUGACUCUGCAAAUACAAGUGGAGGAAGACGAGGAACAGCCGAAAGAUGCUUCAGAUUCCCCACACCGUGCCUCGACAGAGGACAAUCAGAAAGGUAGUGAAGCAGCAGCAGCAGCCUCCCCCUCAAAAUCAGAUGCUUCUAAGUCUAGAAUCCCUAGAAUGGGUCUUUCCGCCUCAGCUAAGACCACUAAGAAAGACAAAGACCUAGUAUCUCCAGUGUCUGCUGAAGCUGUAGAGGUGAAACCAGACAUCAUUGUAGAGGAGACCCCCCUAGAGGUGGAAACUAGUUCCCUCAAUCCAAUGAUAACAAAUGUUGAGACAGCGGUAACCACUGUCACUCGAUCGGUGUACCCUGAACAGGACCAAGAGUCCUCUGACUCCUCUCCAGAGGAGCAGCAUUCGGUCAUAGAACUCCCCAAAACCACAGAAAAGGCCAAAACCCCAACUUCUACUGAAAAAGUUCAAAUGAUCCCAACUAAAACCCCAGCCAAGGCUGGCCCCCAAAGUCAGGUUAAAACUGCUUCCUCCUUUACAUCCCCUGCAUCCCCCUCUUCAGCUAAUCCUAAAAAAGAGACUCCCUCUUUAGAGUCCAAAUCGAGAAUACCUGUCAAGGGCAAGGCUAGCCCUGUCAAGCCUGAGCCAUCAGUUAAAUGUACUGAGUCAUCCCAGGAUGCAAAGCUCAAGGUCCCAGUAAAAAAGGACUUGAGGAGAAAGUCUGAGACAGAUACAGGUCCCUCUGCUGUACCCAAAACCAAGACAUCGUCUUCCAAAGCCAAGAGCUUCUGUGAGGCAGACAAGACAUCUGCUAAAAAGGACCUGGGUCGUCCCAUGAGCGAUGACUACUCCACCAAGCCAAAGUCGGGCUCCGGUUUCCAAUCCAGGCUGCCAGUUAGAGGCAAGCUUGGUCAGACAUCUCACACUUCCACCACCGCCAAAGACAAAAGCGAGCCACGCAAGAAGUCUAUAGAGUUUGUCGAUGAGAUUAGCGACAAAGUUGCAAAGCUAGUUGAGAGAUUUCCUCAGGACGAGAAAGACAAAAAACAGGAGGCUGCCGCCGUCUCGGAUGACAAGAGCAGCGGCAUAGACCCCUCUGUCAUAGAGAGGGAGACUUUUCCCGAAAUGCAGUUCCCUGCUUCCGGAGAUAUCUAUCCCAUUAGACCCCUGUGGGAUGAUCCUGUUGACACGCAGAUGCAACGGAUUCCCGACGAUGCAUUCAGAAGUCAAGUACAUCCCCAGGAUGAAGCCGAGAGGAAAGAGGAAAUGUUGGAAAUAAUAGCCGACCACCUGGGCUUCAGUUGGAUGGAGCUGGCUCGAGAACUGGAGUUCAGUGAGGAGAAGGUCAAUCUGAUAAGGAUUGAGAACCCCAACUCACUACAGGACCAAAGCCACGCCCUGCUGAAGCUCUGGACUGACAGGGAGGGGAAACAUGGCACAGAAACAUCACUGAUCAAAAGACUAACCAAAAUCAACAGAAUGGACAUUGUCCACCUCAUCGAAACCAAGAUCGUCAAGUCCACCCAGGAGGACACAUCAUCACGCACCUAUGCAGAGAUUGAGAGGACCAUUGCACUGGAUCACAGUGAAGGUUUCUCUGGCCUCCAUGAGGACAGAGACAGUCCCCAGCCAGGCAGGCGUACAGACAGCACCCCCAGUGGGCCAGGGUCCAGGCAGGGGCCCCUCGUGGUGUCAGAGGAGGACCUCUCCUCCAGCAUGGCGUCACUUCACGAGACGUCAGGGCAGGUGGACACAGACGCAUCAGUAACAGGCCUCCUGAGACACGCCCAGAAGGAGAAGCUGCAGAAAGAGAUGGAUUCAACACAUUCUGUGGACGGUACAUCACAUACUGGACCGGAGAAGGCUGGGUCACUACAUAUGGGCACUUUCAAACAAGCGGAUGCCCUGCCAGACAUCCCUCCGCAGACAGUGACAGAAGAACAGUACAUGGAUGAGCACGGAAACAUGGUAGUCAAGAAGAUCACACGGAAGGUGAUCCGUAAGUACUUCUCUCCAGACGGUGUGGCGAGAGAGGAGGUGACGGUGGAGGGAUCUCAGCAGGAGAUGGUCGGCGUGGAGGAGGGAGACGGCUUCUCCAAGGUGGUGAAAAGGACUGUGGUCCGAAGUGAGGGAGAUCAGACUGAGUUGACCUUUUCGGAGCCCCUGGCCCUGGGGGCCACCACAGCCUCGGACUUCAAGUCGGAGCAGGUGCAGGGCCGAAAGGUCAGCAAGUUGGUCAAGACGACGGUGGUGAGGGGCGAGAGGAUGGAGAAGCAGACGGGUGACCCCUCUCUGGCCGCAGACCUCCCCUCGGCCAAAGAGGACUUUGAGAAGGCAUUGAGUUAUGCUGGAGGCUUUGGGAAAAUUCAACUUCCCCAUUUAGUAGAGAAAGAGGUUGUGAAGGACGACGGUUCUGUGGUCAAAAGAACCCAGAUGUGUAAGUCUCGUACCCAGAAGAGGACUGUGGUGAGAGAUGCCCAGGGUAAGCAUGUGCACCUGGAGCGGCUGGACGACACCCCAGAGACCCUGCAACCCGACGCCCUUCAGCAACACCUGCACCUGCUGCUCCAAAGCUACUGCUCCAAGGAGGAGGAGGGAGGAGAGAAGGAGGAGGAGGGAGGAGAGAAGGAGGAGGAGGGAGGAGAGAAGAAGAAAGAGGGAGGAGAGGAGGAGGAGGAGGGGGAGAGAAAAAAGUAGUGAUGGGCUUUUUUGAUUUGCUGGCUGAGUUGUUUGUCUUCCCUUUUGGCCCCGCCCCCCAUGCUAUGUAAGCCUCCUAUCCACGAAAAGCUUAUGAAGUAUUGUAAGCUAAUCUCUGACACAAUUCUGACCCCUCAAUGACCCCUGACCUUUACUGCCCAGCGAGACUUCCCCUGCUAAAGACACUGGAUUGUGUUUUUGUUCGAUUUUUGUUUUUCCCUUUUGUGGCAAAUAAUGGAACACUUUUUAUUUUGUUUUUAUCCUUUUGACUUGUUUCCUGUUUGUUUUGCUCAUUUUGUGACCAAAGAUAGCUCCCCUUUUCUCGUCAGGUGACUUAGAAUAUAUUUUUUGUCAUUAUCCUUUUGUUUGGUUCUUUUAGUUUUGGCUGCUGUGGUACAAUAAAAAAACAACACAAACAAAAUGCAACGAAAGGAAAAAACUACAGGAAGAGGGGGCACCUCGCACGUUCGCCUCGUGCAGAGGCCUCUGUCUGAAGGAACGAUUGUAAACAUUUGUAAAUAGAGAAGAAACAUGCUCGGACUGGGAGAAAACAAAGCAAACAGCAAUUCAAAAGCAUUUGUUAUAUUUGUCCCACGGUACCUGCUGUAUACGUAUGCGUACCAAUCUUUUCUGAGGUCAAGGGUGAAAGGUCAUAGCAGAGUUUACCCUUUUCAUCUGACUAUCAAGAGAUUGUUACGUAGUAGUCAGUUGUCACAAAGAGUUUUGGAAAGAUACUGUUAAAAGGACUUUUGAAUCAGAUAAGCGCAAAUACGCUGUGAUCUGAACCACCCUUUUACUGAAGCAAAUCAUCCCCAUAUAACCCUCCACUACAGUUCAGUUUACAAAGUUGGCUCAAGGUGGUUACGUGUGUAAUGAUGUGGUGUAGUUUUUUUUUAUAUGAGCUUUGUGAACACACGUUAAGCCCCACCCCCAGGUACCGUCUAUCCCUCUGUUUCUGUCUUGUGUAGUCACACUUCCUGCUGAGCAGUGCAUCAGACUGCUGCCACCUCUGUGUGUGUGUGUGCACGUAUGUAUGUGAGUGUGUUUGUGUGUUAGUUCAUAGUAUCCUCACCGACAUUGCGACCUGCCAUUUGCAAAAGUAGUGAUCCAGAAUGUUCUCUUUUCUUGUCUUUCAUGUACGCGCUCUUAUCUUCCAUUACUGCACCUAUAGGUCAUAACACUAGGUACGUCUCCCCUCCUCCCCUCUCAUAAGGUCUUAUCUUCCAUUACUGCACCUAUAGGUCAUAACACUAGGUACGUCUCCCCUCCCAUAAGCUCUUAUCUUCCAUUACUGCACCUAUAGGUCAUAACACUAGGUACGUCUCCCCUCCUCCCCUCCCAUAAGCUCUUAUCUUCCAUUACUGCACCUAUAGGUCAUAACACUAGGUACGUCUCCCCUCCCAUAAGCUCUUAUCUUCCAUUACUGCACCUAUAGGUCAUAACACUAGGUACGUCUCCCCUCCCAUAAGCUCUUAUCUUCCAUUACUGCACCUAUAGGUCAUAACACUAGGUACGUCUCCCCUCCCAUAAGGUCUUAUCUUCCAUUACUGCACCUAUAGGUCAUAACACUAGGUACGUCUCCCCUCCUCCCCUCCCAUGAGUCACUUGUGCGUGCCAUCUCACCCGUUCAUUUCCCCCGAUCAAUGACUUUGAUUAAAGGUAUACUUAGCGAUAUGACGUAGAUGCAGAAAGUAAACAUAGUGGGUCAAUUUCCACAACAACUAAGAGCGUUGAAGCGUGAGG